ACUGACAAAAACUAUACUGUCUCUCUUACACCACGCUACGCGUCCUAAAUUCUCAAAAAAUAUAUCAAUCAUUUUAUCUUUGUUUUACAUAUAAAAGAGACCCAUCAAUUUCCAUACAUCAUCAACAUUCAGCAUCUUCAAAAAGAGUUCUUCUUCACUCGAUAUAGCUACUACACUCUUCCUCACAUUGUAUUUCACCUACAUUAAUUCAAGCACAUUUUAGUAUAUAGUUAAAGAUAACAAGAUCAUGUCUUUGAAGAAUCGUAAUGUUGGCCGUAAGGCAUGGAACAUCCUGCGGCUUUCAUUAUUGUGGGCAAGAAAAAGUGCUGUGUUUAGGCGCAAGCUAGCGACGGAGCUGCGUCUUGUGCCAAAGUAUUUGAAGCGUCUCGGACACACAAACACGCCUGAUAAUCAAAUUCACUACUUUGAGAGGGAACUCUCCUUUGAUGAGACACCUAUGUUCAAUGUUAAGAUGUAUCGUCCAUCAUCCAUGAGAUUUCACUUGCCGUGUAUAAGUUCACGAGUUGAUUUUGAUUAUGAUUUUAAUGAUGAUGACAUUGUUCAAUAUGACAAUGGGAGAAAUAGUGAUAUCGUUGAUGCAGGAGAUCAUGGCCAAGAACAUGAUUAUGUGGUUGAAGCAUGUCAAGAAAUGGGUUUUAGAGAAGAAGUGCAAGAGAGCUGUGUACAAGGAAUAGAUAAACGUGCUGAUGAGUUCAUUGCUAAAUUCCAUCAGCAAAUGAGACUUCAGCGCCAGAUUUCUCUUCUACAAUACAACAAGGAAACACCCAGCAGAGACACAAAUUGACAUAUUUUUCUUAUACAAUGCAAAUUUACUUUCUUUUAUUUUCUGCAAUCAACUUCAAUUUUAUUUU